AUCAACUACUGGAAGAAAAGGCUAAAGAACUGAUGUUGCAAACUUGACAGAGAUGGUGCUCAAAUGUCAAGCCUCAACCAGUCACCGGCAGAUGACAGAUCCAACGUGCUUCUAUACGAGGCGCCGUGCAUGGUCAACGGGAUUCCUGUCACAUUGCAUGUGACGUAUGGGAACUUAAUUUAUCGGACCAUGGUGCCCGUGUUCGCGCACACCACCGUGGUUCCGUUCGAAGAUGUCGUGAAUGUUGUCCAGACUACCUCGUUUGGCAUUCAGGUGGUGUCCAUGGAGCUGGAUUCAUCAAAGCAUGGCAAGGGGAUCACAAUCGCCAUGGGACUUGAAGUUGAUUUGCUCUAUCAGCUCUUGCACGAGCUCUUCUCAAUGCACCAGAAAGAGAUCAAGGCAAAUACCACCCCGUUGCCGCCACUACAGCAGCAAGAAACGGAGAAGAAUCCUGCCGAGUUGAAGAAGAUCCUAGGGUCGGAAGAAGAGGAGACGAAAGAAGACGAUGUAUCCCCUACGAACGACUCUGUUGCUCCUGCAAAUGCUGAUGGUGGCGCUACCGUUGCGUCAGCAUGAAGCGACUAAAAGAAACUCACGUCAUGUCGGAAAGUAUGCAAGAAGCUUAUCACAACACAUACGUCCCAGGAGCUCAUUAUCGUUCGCCAGAUACAUAAUUUAUUUCAAAUAGUGAAGUCUGUGCGCCAUGUUGCGUGCCAUCUUGUCCAAGCAACACGGGAAACUGGACCUUGCAACGUCAUGUGAACCCCCGAUAAUCAUUCUCCCAACUCAAUGGGGGCGCCGUCGGUUGAUACUCAUGAGCAAGAGGGACAGACUCAAUUGUCGGCAGCUGGUUGUCGUAGGUUGAGUCUGCUAGCAGCGGCUCCUCCAUGUCGCUGAUCAUGAUCGUAGCACUCGGAACGCGCGCCAUCUCAUUGGAUCGUCGCUUCCAGAGACAGCAGCGGCGGUACAGGUAACAAAAGAGAUAUGAGCUGCACAGGAACACAGCUACGAAGCACACGAGCAGCGCAUCAGUCCAGUGCAUUUGCUCGAGCCGCGCGGUCUGCUGCAGCGAGGAGGGCACGUCAGUGUCGACCCACAUCAUCUUGAAGCGCAAUUGAGUUUUCUCAUGAAGACUAAACUGGACCAAAAUUUGAGGGUGUAUAUUCGAUUAGAACAAAAAAACUCCAACUUUGCGUGAGCCAGCUAGCCAUGCAGGACCAGAUAGCCAUGCAUGUACGCGUAAAUGUAUAACGGUGUUUUAAUAACAUCUUCGGAGCGUUGGCUUGGGUUUGCACACUGUGUGGAAAUUCCGCUUCAUAGUGCUAUCUCUUUUUGACGUAGUGUUGCAAUUUUCCUG